UCACUUUCUCUCAAAUUGAAGAAUCUGUCUGGAGGAGUGGGAGACAUUAACGCGUCUCCGGUGCCUCUCCAUUGCGCACAGAGAGCAGGACAUUUGUCUUUCUUUUAUAUGUUUCUUUUAUGUGUUCAUAAAAAUCGCCUUUCUGUCGGAGCCUGACCAGAUCGAUACACCCUCGUCGCCAGCGGUCGUUGAAGAUGGAUGCGCGUCUGGAGAGACAUCCAAUUUCCCUGGAAAAAACAUGCGACGGGAUGUUGGAUAAAUGGACGCCUCUCCAAAACAUGGAAACUUGACGGAAUAGAGCGUUUACUUUGUGUCAGGAGUUGAUAUUGCGCGUCUGUUGAGACAUUUGGAGAGAUUUUAACUCAUCAGUUUUGGUGUCCGCUCGCCUUAAGAGGUCCUCUCUCAUCGAGAUUAAUAGGUCCAUUGGAAAGCAUAUGGUUGGACAUGGAAAGACUCUUUAAACCCUCUGCGGAUAUAGUGCCGAACAUCAGAGCUCGCGUCUGAAGUGUUUUGGAGGUCUACUGGUCUUGAAGGAGAGACUUUGUGGUAUGCGCACCUGACGACGCAUCGCGUUCUGCCUGCCCAGCUGCCCGCCGCGGCGCACAGACAAAACAACCUUAAAUCGCAACUACAGAAAUCUUUUGAGCAUUUGCACCGUUGUUGCGCAGGAAAGCAGAUGCUACACGUUAACAUUUUAGUGACAACUUGCACCACAUCCUAUUCUGUUGAUUCAUCAUGCUGAGACAGAUGCUCUUAAACUCGACGGCUGCCGCACGAAACUUUGACCUGAUGACACACACACACACGCCGGCCUCACUCAACGUGUCUCAAGGGCCCGUCAGCGUAUCCGCCCUGCUGAAGCCCACCGGCCGAGGGGGUUCUCUGCGCGAGGGCGAACUGAACAAGCCGGACCUGGCCACAUACGUGGUGAUGUGCCUGGUGCUUUUUCUCCUGGUCCUUCUCAUCGUGUUCUUCAUCAACUGUCAGCUGAGGAACUCCUUCUUCGCUUCCAUGCCUUACGACCGCUCGCUGCGAGAGGCCCGCAGCUCUUAUAAAUGACACGGGUCGGAACUGUGUGCCACAGGUGCCCGAAAUGGUUAACACCCGAUGGAUUGUGUUAUUGGAAAAGGAAAACCUUUGCAAUAGUGAAACUUUGCAAUAAAGGAAACCGAACCUUCACGAGAACCCAAAGGCUGGGACCAAACCUUAGGUCACCGAUGUGAUUGUUUAUAUAUCUGUAUAUAAUGACUGUUUUGUAUUUCUGCACGACCUUUUUUGGUUUAUAACGUUAAUCACAAGUCUUGUGCAUUAUGUAAGGCAGA